AAAGAUUAUCAGAAGAUGAAUGGUUAAUUAAAAUUGAUGACUUGAUCUGUUCAAAUAAAAAUGAUAAGCCUAUGGUGGCAAUAACACGAGUGAUACGGCGUACAUUACCUCAAUUCAUAAAGGCAUUUUCUCUAGGACCUUCCAAUCCUCUUCUCAACAUUACAUCUAUUGAAAGACCUCAUCUUAAUUCUUUUGUUCAUCCAUGCUUGGAAUCCACUUUAUGGAAUGUUGCGCGUGUGAAUUAUGAAUUUGGUGAAAUUCAUUUCCACAGUAAUUUAAAACGUGAAUAUGCAGAUGGUAUUGGAAGGAUGGUGGGACCAGAUAAAUACCAAUUAGUAUAUGUCGAAGGAUCCAAGCCAGAUGCAAAAGAUGAAAAAGAAGUGGCCGACUUUGAAAAAAUGACUAGAAACUUGAAGCAGAUGUUUCAAAACAUCAUGAAGGAUAUUGUGAAGAAUAGACGAUGA